AUGGACACGUUGUUAGCUGACCUGGCGAGCCAGUGGCCAACUGCGGAAGCUGAAUUGGAGCACGCGUACCAAUGUCUGGCAGCGCCGUGUGACGGACUGGAUCAUGCGAGCUACGAAUGUCCACGGUGCGAAGGAUUCGACUACGAGAAGGUGGAGCCGAUAAUCCGGCACUUCUUGUACUCAAUGGGAUUAGGUGAAUAUAUUGGUAAGGUGAGUGACAGCAAGUCGCGUCUACGACUGACGGAGAUCACGCCGUUGCUGAACGCCGUCGGUGUGCGUUUCGAUUCCAAGAAACGAUUGAACCUUGACGACUGGAAGAUUUUGCUGAUCGCUUGGGUGCGUCGGAUCCAGGAAUUGCAACACACCGAACUUCAACUGUGGCACGACAAACUGGAGGCCAUGCAGACGGAACAACAAAAGCAAUUCCAGGCCGCCAUUAAAGCCUUCCAAAGAUCCUACAUACAACAGAUCCAUGCGUACCACAAGGCCGUCGACGACCAUCACAAACAGGAAGAACGCUACCGCGUCGAAUGGGAAGCCAGCGGUGGGCUAUCCAGACAACACUUCUUGGAGGAACAAUCGCGCUAUGUCGACAAAAUGAACGCCAAUGCCGAGGCCAACUUCAGACAACGAGUCGUCGCUACACAGCAACGGGACGCCGUCAUCCUCCUAGACAGAGAAACCAAAGCCAUCGACCAAGAAGUCAUGCCUGGAGCCGACAAAGUUUCCGCCUACAUCUACCCCGUCAAUCUCAACGACGUCAGCGGAGCACCCAUCAGUGGCGGUGCGCGCCUACUGAACCAUAAGGGAAAGAUGGGUGCGUUCUAG